AUGAUCAGCGGUCGCAAUAACCAACAUUUGAUCUCAUGGAAUCCAAGUGGCACCUCUUUUCUCGUUUGCAAUGCCACUCGAUUUGCUCAAGAAUUGCUUCCCGAGCAUUUCAAACAUUCUAACUUUUCGAGUUUCGUGCGUCAAUUGAACAUGUACGGAUUCCACAAGAUCAAUAAAUCGUCUCGCGGACAACGCGGCAACAACGAAAAUGAAAUCUGGGAAUUCUCCCACACCAAAUUCCAACGCGGCAGGCCCGAUUUGUUAGAAGACAUUAAACGUAAAGCGAUGGAUUCUGAACUCUUGCGGCGCGAGACGGGCGAUAUCCACGCUUCGUUUGCCAUGGUGCAGUUGUCGCAGGCCGACCUUCUCCAGCAAUUCCGUGGACUCCAAGAAAACUUUUCCAAUCUCCUUCAAGGGUUUGAAGAUAUGAAAAAGAUCCAACUUCAGCAGCAAAUCAUAAUUCGUCGUCUAGCCGAACGUCAAGGCAUCCAAGUCUCCACACCAUGUACGUAUUGA